AUGUCGAUGAAGGAACGCGUGAUUUUGGGUUGGAGUCGGGAAUCCGUUUUGGCCGGUGUUGGUGUUGGAGGCGGUGCAGUCGUCAGAUUGUUGAGUACCUACCUACCUACCUUAUGUAAGGCAGCCAAGAUUCGGGCAUCUUUUGAGAUGGAGAGACACAGGCUGCCCAAUAACUCUGACAGUAAACGCACGUACGUGUACGUCCGUCCAUUUACAGCACAGGCCACCCGAAGAAGCCCACAAGGUGCCCUUGGUGCCCACACAAAGUCCACGCUGCCCACCGCUCGCAGACGGAGUUCGCGACGCAUGGAAGCGCAUCGCAUCGCAUUGGCUGCUUCCCUCGCGCCUGUUCCUUUUCUUCUUCUGUUUGUAUUGCAUUCCUUCUUUCACGUGGUAGGCAUUGUAGUGCAAGUGUUGAUAGGCGUUGGGAGUCAUCACCGACUGCAUGGCUUCCCCCGUGGUUCCGACAAAUCAGUCAAGAAAAGAAAAUAA